AUGGCGUCACUGACUGUCGUGGUCAAGCACCAGGGCAAAAAGUACGAUGUCGAAAUCGACCCCUCAUCGACUGGCGAAGACUUCAAGCUACAACUCUUUAGCCUCACCAACGUUGAGCCGGAACGACAGAAGAUCCUGAUUAAAGGUGGACAGCUUAAGGACGAUGCCGACAUGACCAAGCUCGGGCUUAAGCCCAACCAAGUCAUAAUGAUGAUGGGCACUCCCGGAUCCGGCGGCGGUGAUCUUGUGCGCCCCAAGGAUAGCAUCAAAUUUGUUGAGGACAUGACCGAAGCCGAACAAGCUCAGCAAGUCGGAGCUACCCCCGCCGGCUUGGUCAACCUGGGAAACACGUGCUAUUUGAAUUCGACUCUCCAAACGUUGCGAUCCAUCCCCGAACUUCAGACCUCGUUGCAGACAUAUAAGCCCAAUUCGUCUGGGCUGAUGGCAGGUAUGGCCUCGGCCGACUUGGCUUCGCAGCUGGCCAGUCUGUACAGGAAAAUGAGCGAGACGCAAGACGCAUUCCCGCCCAUGAACUUCCUCACCGCUCUGAGGGUUGUCUUCCCUCAAUUUGCAGAAAAGGCCAAAUCGAACAACGGCUAUGCUCAGCAGGACGCAGAGGAGGCUUGGUCGCAAAUUGUUCAGCAACUGAGCCAAAAGGUCAAGAUCAAGGAAUCAGAUGAUGCGCCGGAAAUUUCCUUUGUUGAUAAGUACAUGUCGGGCGAAUUUUCUUCAACCUUGGAAUGCGAUGAGGAAGAAGCCCGCAAUGGUGGCGAGCAAGUCAUGACAUCCAAAGACCAAUUUUACAAGCUCAACUGCCAUAUUGACGGAUCUACGAACCAUCUGCGUGACGGAAUUCUUGCUGCUCUGAGUGAGAAGCUGGAGAAGAAGUCGGAUGUCUUGGGCCGCGACGCUACUUAUACCAAAAAGUCCAAGAUUUCCCGCGCCCCCAAAUACCUGACUGUUCACUUUGUACGAUUUUUUUGGAAGCGAGAGACGCAGAAAAAGGCCAAGAUUAUGCGAAAAGUCACCUUUCCUCAAGAGUUGGAUAUUGUUGAAUUUUGCUCGGAUGAGUUGAAGAAGGCGUUGAUACCCGUGCGUGACAAAGUUCGUGAGGUGAGGAAGGACGAAGAGGAUAUUGAGCGGGCUCGUAAGCGCCGUAAGAAGAACAAUGACAAAGACGUGGGUGAUAUUCCCGGAGGAGCGGGUUUGCCUUCGGAGAGAGAGAAGAAGGAGAAGAAGGAAAAAGAGGCCGACAAGAAGCCCCAGACGUCUGCUGAUGGUGACACAGAGAUGGACGAGGCUUUCAAGACGGACGCGGAAAUUGACGCAGAGAAGGAUGCUGCACUUCUGGCUGCCAAGAAGGAACUGAAUUCGUUGAUCGACCCGGCACUUCGCAAUGACGACGGUGCAAACCAGUCAGGCCUAUACGAGCUCCGUGGCGUCGUCACCCAUCAGGGUGCUAGCGCGGAUAGCGGCCACUACACUUCGUACGUCAAGAAGUCAGCACCCGUUGACCCCAAGACUGGGGAAAAGGGUGAGGAGGACGGCAAGUGGUGGUGGUUCAACGACGACAAGGUGACUGAGGUUACCGUGGACAAGGUCGAGGCCCUGGCCGGCGGCGGCGAGUCGCACUCGGCACUGAUUUUGCUGUACAAGGCUGUUCCCUUGCCUUCAUCUGAGGGGACCAUGGAGUAG